AUGGGUCGACGCCCAGCACGUUGCUACCGCUACAUCAAGAACAAGCCGUACCCGAAGUCGCGUUUCUGUCGAGGAGUGCCCGAUCCAAAAAUCCGCAUCUUCGACCUCGGAAAGAAGAGGGCGGAUGUCGACGAAUUCUCCGCUUGUGUGCACAUGAUUUCCAACGAGCGCGAGCAUCUUUCAUCGGAAGCCCUCGAGGCCGCUCGCAUUUGCGCCAACAAGUACAUGGUGAAGAACUGCGGAAAGGACGGCUUCCAUCUCCGCGUCCGAAAACAUCCCUUCCACGUCACCCGCAUCAACAAGAUGUUGUCAUGCGCCGGCGCCGAUCGGCUACAAACGGGAAUGAGAGGAGCCUAUGGAAAGCCCCAGGGAUUGGUGGCCCGAGUCGACAUCGGAGAUUUCCUCUUCUCCGUUAGAAUCAAGGAAAAUAACGUGAACCACGCCAUUGAAGCAUUCCGUCGUGCCAAGUUCAAAUUCCCCGGCCGUCAAUUCAUCGUCGUCUCGCGCAAAUGGGGAUUCACCAAAUGGAACAAAGAUGAAUACGAGAAGAUGCGAGCUGAGGGACGCCUUCAAUCCGACGGUGUUGGAGCUAGAUUGGUGCGCGAGCACGGGCCUCUUUCGAAGUGGAUCAAUAAUCCUAUU